CUGGUGUCAGCAGCUCCCCUUCUAAGGAGGAAUAGGCAAGAUCACAGCCAUGACAGCAUCAUUGUUACCACUCGGUCACCCUUGAGGAAGCCAUGUGGCUCAUCGUCACCAUAGGAACAGUGAUGACAAGCCCGGAUUCCAGAAAAAGAGCCUGCUGCAGGGCUGGCGCUGCAGUCCAAUGCUGCCUGCUGCCCGUGCAACCUCUCCGAUGACUCCUUGUCCUUUAGGGUGAAGAUCUCUAAUGUCAGCAGCUCCCCUUCUAGCAGGAAUUGGGUUCUGAAGAAAUCCAGCCUGAGAACUCACCUCUGAAAGAAGAUGAGGGGGGAAAGAAUGCGCUGACUUGCAUGUACUAAAGAAGAGGAAGGAAAGUUCAAAACUCUUCGGACCUGCCCAGGACAUUAUGCCAGCUGACAAUAACACCAAAUUCAAAUCUGCAGUGUUCCUUCUCACCGGGAUACCUGGGCAGGAAGAUGUCUAUCUUUGGAUCUCUAUCCCCUUCUGCUUAAUGUAUGUUAUUUCGAUAUUAGGAAAUUCAGUCAUUCUGUUCAUUAUAAAAACAGAUCCAAGCCUCCAUGAGCCCAUGUACAUUUUCCUUUCCAUGUUGGCCAUCACAGACCUUGGUUUAUCAAUAUCAACCAUACCGACAACACUGGGGAUAUUCUUAUUUAACUCUAGGGAGAUCAGACUCGAUGCUUGCUUUGCCCAGUUGUUCUUCAUCCACUCAUUUUCAUACAUUGAAUCUUCUGUGCUUUUGUUGAUGGCCUUUGACCGCUUCAUUGCGAUCCAUAACCCACUGAGAUAUGCUUCCAUCUUAACCCCACGUAGAAUAUACAGGAUGGGACUUUUGUUUGUGCUAAGAUCGUUGGCCCUAAUAUUUCCACUCCCCUUUCUCUUGAAACGGUUCCGAUACUGUCGAGCCAAUGUCCUCUCCCAUUCCUACUGCCUGCACCAGGAGGUCAUGAAGAUGGCUUGUUCAGACAUCACAGUCAACAGCAUCUAUGGUUUCACUAUUAAACUCUUAUCGGUGGGGUUGGACUCAUUGUUCAUCUUUUUCUCCUAUGUGAUGAUCCUUAAAACUGUGCUGAGUGUAACAUCCCCCACAGAGUGCCUCAGGGCCCUGAACACCUGUGUUUCCCACCUGUGGGCUGUCCUGCUCUUCUACAUACCAGAUAUUGGCUUGACUGUGAUACACAGAUUUGGGAACAGCUCUUCUCACUUGCUUCAAAUUAUCCUGGGCUACAUCUACCUUCUGGUCCCGCCCCUGAUGAACCCAAUUGUGUACAGUGUGAAAAGCAAACACCUUCGCGCGAGGAUAAUCAGGAUGUUCUUCAAGUGA